CGUCGUCGUCACCGUCGCCUGCUAACAAACGAUUCCGAGAGGAACGCGCUUCAUUUCUCGCGGGCAUGUGCUCCUAGACUGUAUUCUCUCCCGCGCUCUCUCUGUCUGUCUCUCUCUUUCUCUCUCUUUCUCUCUCUUUCUCUCUCUCCCUCCGCCUCGACGACGAGGUGCGAUCUCGCGGGGACGAGAUCCGUGCUUAAUCACGGCCGCCCGCGCCACGCUCGCUUCCGGUAAUCGAUCGGCAGCACUCGCGUACACAUCGGGCCCGUCAAGAUGGGCUCUAUAGUGCUCAAGUCGCUCUCGGUGCUGCUCGGAAUAUUUUUCGUCUUCGUCGGCACCAUGAAGCUCACGUCACACAUCAGCAAGGACCUGCACAAGGACCUGAGAAAGGAGUAUGUCAAGUACGCAAAAGUGUUCCCGCUCUCGGGGACGUUCGACUUCAAAGUGCCCAGCAAGUGGUAUCGAAGAGUCGUGGGCUCGCUGGAGAUUAUCUGCGGCCUCGCCAUGGCAAUUAUUCCAAGUCACAAAGUUAAGAACUUGUCGAACACAGUGCUGCUGCUUCUAAUGCUGAUGGCUGUGUACUCUCAUUACAUGGUCAAUGAUAAGUUCGAGAGGAUUGCCCCGGCACUGGUAUUCUUCUUUAUGCUGACGGGGCGAUUAGUGAUUGAUUGGCAGCUGAGACGAGGGGAUAUGCAAUCGGUGACGGCAAACGGCGUCGAUGACAAAGCUAAGAAGCAAGACUGAACGGAAUUAUGAUUGAGAACGCAUCGUUUUCACGUUAACCCACGAGAUUCUACGAUUUAAUUUCUGAAACACUGUAAAAUUAAUGUUUAUUUAUUUCAAAUGUCUCUCUUUCGCUUACAUUUUUUCUAAAAAUGAGUCUCUUUUAAAAGACUCAAAGCAUCGUUUACUCAAUAUCUCUUUUUAAAAUUUUUUUUCCUAAUGUGUGUAAACUCGGGAGAUACUCGCAACAAGAAACUAUAUAAUAUUUAGAAAGAAAAAGAGAAAUGUGGUACUUUGGGAUCAUGUGGGUUAAAUGAAUAAAAAGUAUAAACUUUCGAAAGAAGAAGCGAGAUGGGAAACAAGUGAUUUAUGGUAAUUACUUUUAAUGCGAAUAUUAAAUUUUCAUUGCACUCUAUAUCUACUUUGCACACAAUAUUGCAAUAUGAUUUACAAAAUAAAAAGCAAGCAUCAUUAAAUUUAUAGAUGCGAUAAAAUUCACAAUUAAUUGCGAAAUUAUGAAAAAGAAAGUAAUAAUAAUUUCUUACCUUUUAUGCCUCUUUCUUAUUUCAUGAUGUAAAUUAUUUGACACGAAUUAAUUUCGAUAUAUGAACGUAAUUUAGUGAUUAAUUAAAAUCUGUAAUGCAAAAUUUGAUUGUUAAAAUUAAUAGUAAUCGCAAUCCAAUCAGAGAUCGGUAAAUGUUGUUUUCGCUAAUCGAUGUGAUAGUGUUUCAUCCCGCGACAAUUUGAUUCAUUAAGACAAGAUACUAUUGCACCAAUGUCAAUUGUUGCGCUGGCCAUGAUUCAAAAAAUUAUCUCUCUCUGUUUAUACUACAGUUUUAUACUACAGUUAAGACAAUGAUAUGAAAAAAAACAAAGAUUCUCCAAUGCAAAUAAUUAUUAUCAAUAAUAAUUUUAAGAUUAUGAUUAACUUAUUCUGAUUAAUUCGUUGUCUCUUUUCAUCUCUUUUAUAAUUACAUGAUUAAUCGUAUUAAAUACACACACAUACAAAUGCACAAUAUACAUAACACUGUAAUAUAAGCAGAUAUAUAAUAUAAAUAAACUAAAUAUAUAUAGACAUGAUAUAUGUAAAAACAAGUAUAAAGAAAAUUAUAUGAUGCUAGCUGUGGUGUAAACAGAGAAAGAAAAUUUGCCGCGCGUAAUACUGAUUGACAUUGAUGCGAUUCGGUCCUCGGUGACUUUAGCUUAAGUAUGAGGUACUAACUGCCAUUUGAAUGAUUGUGUCCUUAUAUAUGUUGUGCGAGGAUGCGUGUAUGGACAUAUCGAGAAAAUGUUUCUAGUAAUCGAGACAUACACAAGCGCGUAUAUAUUAGCGUUAAUUUAUUUCGUAAAAACUUCACGUGCAAAUAAGGAGUGUGAUCGGACAAUUUGAUAAAUAAAAACUAAAAUUUUAAAAGUGAGAAAUCAGUGGAUAGACUUUCCUAUAAGCACCAUUUGAUACCUAUGAUCGUAUUUUUAUGCGAGACAAUACUUUAAGUUACGAUAAUGAUUUGUGGAAUGUUUAUGCACUUGAAUAUAAAAUUAAUAUCUUUGUCCCUCUAUGAAAAUUUCAUAAUAAUUCUCAUAAAUUAUUAAUUUGCUUUGGAUUUUGAAAAGAUAUUUGUAUGCUAUAUCUUUGUUUAAAGCAUGAUUAUAUUAAUGUUUAAAUUUUCCUUUUUGUAUAUAAAAUUGUAAUGAAAGAUACAUAAUUACAUCAUUUAAAUGUUGUACCGAGAAAGUAUUAUCGUUUAAUUAUUAAAAUUUUUCGAUAUAAUCACAUUUUUAUAUCAUGUAAUGUUUAAUAAAAACCAGGAAAUAUUGAGAAGAUCGA